AAGGACUAGGAAGGAGCUUCAUUCUGAGAUCGCAGCCACUUCGAUAAAAUUGAAUGUAAGGAGUUCAGAGCCUGUGAGUCCUCCAGACCGCUGGCCGCUUCAUGGAUUUUGUAAAACGGGGGAAAGGUACGUAUAAUGUUGGUCUUCAGACCCAGCGACCUGAGAACCGGGCGCCUGCUGCUUUCGCUUUUACUCCUCGCAGCCUGGGAGGCCGGGCGCGGCCAGGUGCGCUACUCGGUCCCCGAGGAGGCCAAGCACGGCGCCUUCGUGGGCCGCAUCGCGCAGGACCUGGGGCUGGAGCUGGCGGAGCUGGUGCCGCGCCUGUUCCGCGUGGCGCCCAAGGGCCGCGGGGACCUUCUGGAGGUGAAUCUGCAGAAUGGCAUUUUGUUCGUGAAUUCUCGGAUCGACCGCGAGGAGCUGUGCGGGCGGAGCGCGGAGUGCAGCAUCCACCUGGAGGUGAUCGUGGAGAGGCCGCUGCGGGUUUUCCACGUGGAGGUGGAGGUGACGGACAUUAACGACAACCCGCCGGUGUUCUCCGUCUCAGAGCAAAAGCUCUCAAUCGCGGAAUCGCGACUGCUUGACUCUCGAUUUCCACUAGAAGGCGCAUCUGAUGCGGAUGUUGGACAAAACGCAAUGCUUACGUACAGACUCAGUCCCAACGAGUUUUUCGUUCUUGAUAUUAUAAACAAGAAAGACAAAGGCAAAUUCCCGGUACUUGUUCUACGAAAACUGCUGGAUCGUGAAGAAAAUGCUCAGCUUUUGUUGUUAUUAACGGCAACUGAUGGAGGCAAACCUGAGCUUACUGGAUCUGUUUCUCUGCUGAUCCUGGUGUUGGAUGCCAAUGAUAAUGCCCCCGUAUUUGACCAGUCUAUUUAUGAAGUGAAGAUGUAUGAAAAUACACCGAACCAAACAUUAGUAAUAUGGCUAAAUGCUUCCGAUGCGGAUGAAGGAAUAAACAAGGAAUUGAUGUACUCAUUUAGCUCUUUGGUUACACCCAGCAUAAGAAGGAAAUUUCUAAUGAACGAAAGGACAGGAGAAAUAAGAGUAAAUGACGCUAUCGACUUUGAGGACAGUAACACUUACGAAAUUCAUGUAGAUGUUACAGAUAAAGGAAACCCACCUAUGGCUGGUCACUGCACCGUGCUAGUCGAAAUCCUGGAUGAAAAUGACAAUUCACCGGAGGUGGUUGUCACUUCACUGUCUCUCCCGGUGCUAGAGGAUGCUCAGGUGGGCACCGUCAUCGCUUUGAUCAGCGUGUCUGACCGUGACUCUGGCGCCAACGGGCAGGUGACCUGCACCCUGUCACCCCAUGUUCCCUUCAAGGUGGUGUCCACCUUCAAGAAUUACUAUUCGCUGGUGCUGGACGUGCUGCUGUCGCUGGUGGACGGCGGCCAGGCGCCCAAGGCCUCUGUGUCGGCGUCUGCGGGCGCCGCGGGCUCGGAGGCGGCGCUGGUGGACGUGAACGUGUACCUGAUCGUCGCCAUCUGCGCGGUGUCCAGCCUGCUGGUGCUCACGCUGCUGCUGUACACGGCCGUGCGGUGCUCGGCGGCGCCGAGCGGGGGCGCGUGCGGGCCGGGGCAGCCCAGGCUGGUGUGCCCGGGCGCGGGGGGCAGCUGGUCGGCCUCGCAGCAGAGGCGGCCGCGGGUGUGCUCUGGGGAGGGCGCGCCCAAGACGGACCUCAUGGCCUUCAGCCCCAGCCUUCCUUCGUGUCCAGUACCAAAGGUUGAAGAUGAAGAACAACCUAUUGGAGGGAACCCCUCUAGGAAGGUGGGAUUACUUUUAAUUUUCAUAUUUUGUUUUGGGAAUACUUUAUUUCACCACUUUUCCUUUCAUACACAUGUCUUGGAAUAUCUUCAUUCUUU